AAGAAGCCCAGGAAGUGACGCCCCCACCUCGGCUGUUGAAGUCUUCUGGUCCGGCGGCCGAAGUCGGAGACUUGCUCCGGAGCUGCGGGUUUCUCGUCCCUAGGCGAUGGAGAACGGAGCGGUGUACAGCCCCACCACGGAGGAGGACCCCGGCCCCACUAAGUCCGUUUCGUCACCUCCGUCGCUUCCCGAGCCGUCGGGGAAGGGGGCGUUGCCCUCCGUCUCCUCCCGGGUCUCACCCGGUCGCCCCGCUUCCCCGGGUCUCUUUCCGCCUGGAUCCCUGAGGGCGAUCGAGGCCGCUGAGCGUGGUUGGCGGGCCCAAGAAAUGCGUCGGAAGAGACCCAGGUCGGCGUCCUCGACGUCUUUCACUUACCCUCUGUGGCAACCUUCCUUCCUCUUCGCCCGGGAACGCUCUUCAUUAUCUCCCGGAGUGCAGGGAGACGCAGGCGGUGCAUUGCUGUCUCUGCUGGCGUUUAUCUGUGAAGAAGUUGUAUCACAAUGUACUUUGUGUGGAGGACUGUACUUUUUUGAAUUUGUAAGCUGCAGUGCCUUUCUUCUGAGUCUCCUUUUCCUGAUUGUAUAUUGUACUUCAGUGUACGACAGAGUUGAUGCCAUAAAAGUAAAAUCAUCGGAUUUUUACAUUAUGCUGGGAACAGGAUGUAUAUUUUUGUUGGCAUCUAUCAUUUUUGUCUCCACCCAUGACAGAACCCCUGCUGAAAUUACUGCAAUUGUGUUUGGCUUUAUAGCAAGUUUUAUGUUCCUCCUUGACUUUGCAGCUAUGCUCUUCGAAAAGCGACAGGAGUCCCAGUUGAGAAAACCCGAGGCCCGUCCAGCAGAAGCCCUCACUGAACCACUGAAUGCAUAGACAGACUCUGGGAGCAGGUGUCACAGAAGAGAGCGACUGUUCUUCGUGAUGCCUGAGCUCUGUCAGGAGGUCUUGUAGAAUGUGUGCAAUUGUGUAAACCACUUCUUUCGGGUGGCUAGGGGCAGAGCAGGAAGCGUUUUAUCAAUGUUGAGCUGUGUGUCAGUCACUACAAAUUAAGCCAGAGGGUAUUUUUUAAAUUGUUUUUUAAAAUAAUUAUCGAAACUUGUUUCAAAUGCAGGCUUUUAAGGUGGAGAGGAAGAUAAUUAUUUUCUUUAAAUCACAUAGCUCAAAUGAUUAUAAAUAAUUCUGUCAUUCUGUUACAGGGCAUUCUCUUUUAGGCAUAGCUUCUAAAUCAUGCUUUAUAGCUGUAUAAACAGCUUGAUUGAUUAUAUCCAUCCUUUUAGAAAUUGUUUUUUUUUUUUCUCGGUACCAGGGAUCAAAUGCAGGACCUUGAGUUUGUGAGA